AUGGCUGGCCGAAAAUUCGUCGAAAUGCUUAGCGAAUUGUAUAAAGGAUACGGGAAAACGAAUACUUUUAUGAAAACGGCCGGAGUGAUGAAAGUGCUUUCGGCGGACGCGGGAAAGGUGAGAGUCGAAUUCGAUGUGACGGAAGAGUUGACGAAUUCGAUUGGAACACUUCAUGGUGGAUGCACUGCUACACUUGUUGAUGUUGCUACCAACACCGCCCUGCGAACGCUGGGCAAAAAACAAGGUGUCUCGGUGGAUUUGCACGUUUCAUUUCUCGGUGCCGCGAAACUGGGCGAAACGGUGGUGAUGGACAUUGAGGUGAUCAAAGCUGGUCGAUCAAUGGCUUUCUCGCGUGCCGAUUUGUAUGUGAAGGGAACCGAUCGAAAGAUAGCCACCGGCAAUCACACGAAAGCCUUGGUGAACAAUCAGAUA